UCAAAUUCCUUUGGGUUACAUUAUGUUCAGCUGAUCCAAGCGAAUGUGUUUCUUGUCAUUUUUUUAGGCAUUUAGUCAAUAAUGGACGACCAAGGUUGUCCGAGAUGCAAAACUACAAAAUAUAGAAACCCGUCGUUGAAGUUGCUGGUUAACAUAUGUGGUCAUUCGCUAUGUGAAAGUUGCGUUGACCUGUUAUUCAUCAAGGGUUCAGGAACUUGCCCUGAAUGUGGAACAUCACUGAGAAGAAACAAUUUUCGUUUGCAAUUAUUUGAAGAUGCUUUUGUGGAAAAAGAAGUUGAUAUCAGGAAAAAGAUUAUGAAAGAUUUCAACAAGAAAGAAGAGGACUUUUCAACUCUAAGAGAAUAUAAUGACUAUCUUGAGCAACUUGAAACUAUAAUAUAUAAUCUUGCAAACAAUAUUGAUGUAGAAAGUACAAAGAAGAUGGUGGAACAGUACAAAAAGGAGAAUAAAGAUAUUAUACAGAAAAAUAGAUCAAAACUUAGCAAGGAUGAAGAAUAUUUGGAAAUGCUUAUAGCCGAGGAAGAAAAAGAAUCAAAACUUAGACAUGAACUAGAUCUGAUGGAAGUUAUGAAAGAGAAAAAUAAGAAGAAAAAGAAUAAAGAAGCUCUUAUUGAUGAACUGAUGUUUUCGGAUCUGCCUGCUUCAACCAUCCUAGCAGGUCACAAUGCCAGCAGUAUGCAUGAGACUAUGAUGGAAACUGAGAAGACCGCUGCUACAGCAUUCUCUUCUGGUGCUAAAUUUGGGUUCAGUAAAGGUGCAGGCAAUAUCCCUGUUCCUUCUGAAGUUGGAGAAGCAUUUGUAUACACUCCAUGUGAGCUGGAAAUACUUGGCCCUACAGCACCAUCAGAAGAUGAUGUUCUACAGAAAGGAUACUUACAGAAUAUACGAGGAGCUAGUGACUCAGACAAGGCUGGUGGUUAUGAUGCAAAGAUGGCUUGUCAACGAGCGUUGAUGGAGGCUAUGUGCGGAUUAUUUCUUAAUCCGGAUGAUCCAACUUGAUUGUACACUAGUUUUGGGACAUUGAAGACAGACAGUUACACCAGGAUAAUACUGUAAACUUUUGAGGUAGUAGAAAAUUUUAUGGUGCCCAGCCUUAUUGGAUGAUCGCCAUGAAAAAAUGUGUAUAGGCAGUGGUGGUUGUGUUGUGUGGUUUGAAAUAAGGGAUAGAGGUAGUGAUUGUAAAACUGCAAAGACAAAGAAAGUGGGGGAUAACCGUACGAAGGAUAUAGCCAAACAAUUGAUAUUGAAGAUUAACUUCAGUCUCAGAAAUGGGCAUGGUUUUAGGAAAUGCAUUAAAUGCAGGAGAGUGUACAGAGUGGAGUAGAUUGUGGUAAUAUCAAGGUGUUCAUUGCAGAAAACUGACGUUAGAAAUAUGAUAGAUCUCAGAGCUUGUUUGAUGGCUACAUCAGGUCUAAUGAAAAUAGUUAAAAUUGAAUAACAUUUAGAAAGACUAUGUUACCUCAGUAUUUACUUUAUUUGCAUAAAGUUACCAUAACUUUCCACUGAAGCAAUAUUACAUUAUAAUUUAAUGUUUAUUUUUAAUAAUUUACUUCUUUAUUAAUGUUUUGUUCUGAUCUGAUUGCAAAUGCAAAAUACAUACAUGUUUGUUGUUUCUAUCUUAGAUCCUUUGAUGAGGGAUGUACUUUAGAAGUGAACAUAAACAUUCAAAACAAAUUUAUGAACUUAUGCUAAUUUGGUCACAUUUUGUAUUUCAUUUCUUUCUUUUCAUUUCAAGGUAUUGUAGGUUAUUAGAACAAUUAUUUGAAAUCUUACUGUAGUAAUUUUACAUGUUUUCCUUGUGACUAGAGAAUUUCAAGGUUUGACAACCUGGACUUCUGAAGCCCACUGAUUAUUUUGUGAAAACAGUUUGAAUUGUGUUCAAAUUUUUAAGUUUGUAAAGGUGGACACUUUGCAUGUUUUCCAUUAACAGUCAGAAAUAUAUAAGUUGUACUAAUGUCUUUAAUGGAUACAGGUGAAAAUUAUGUGAUAAGUGCUAUAAAUAAAUUGUUCAUUUGGUAUGAAUCUGUUUCA